AGCAGUUGCUCAACAGGAAACACAGACACAAGCAAACAUUUCACAUGUUAAUCUGUCCGUCCGUCUACCUAUCUAUAUUCAUUGGAGCACCAUCUCAACACCAUGUCUCUCCUUUUAGGGUUUGGAUUGAUGACCUGCAUAGCAUCAUCAGAGUCCAGCUCUGUGUUUGUGCUGAAGGGAAAGGAUGUUCGUCUGGAUGUCCAGGAAAAUGUUCAACUGAAAGAGUUGGAGGUUUUUAAGUGGAGCUUCAGAACAGCCAAUAUUGUAAGAUGCUCUGACACAUUGUCAGUGAGAGUGUCUCCUGAGUACAACAACAGGGUUGAGUUUUAUAAGGGAAACUUCUCUCUGCUACUGAAGAACCUACAGGAAGGAGACAGUGGACCUUAUACUGCAGUAGUGAGUGGUGAAAAAGAAACAAUUAUUAUUGUAUACGAGUUAAUUCUCCAAGAGAGAGUUGAGCCUCCAGUCCUGACAGUGGACUCUAACUCCAACAUCAACGGCAUCUGUAACAUGACUGUGACCUGCAGAGGCCAGAACACCUCUGUCACCUCCAGCUGUAACAGCAGCACCUGCUCUCAGGUGGGAGGAGAGAGUAGAUGGGCUGAGACCUCCACUGUCCCCCUGCUCUCUGUCUAUGUGGCAGGGGGUUCCAUUCUCUGUAAACACAGCAACCAAGUCAGCUGGGCCAACCACACCAAGGAGAUAGUGGAACUCUGUCCAAUGAAAUUUGUGUCUCCCCCUGCUGGUAGCAUGUCUGUGUGCAUGCUGAAGAUCAUCCUGGUGUCUGUGGGGAUGGUCAUCAUGAUCUCUGCAGUCAUCACUGUCCACAUCAGGCACAGAUUCCACUAUGGAUAGAAUCAUGGUUCUGUUACCUGAACCAGUUACAACCCCUGCUAUAGACUCACCAUGAACAACACCAGCACACUGAGUAAUCUUGAUUCUUUCUAA